AUGGCCACCUUUGUGGUCCAGUAUGAUGUAGAAUUGGAGGACAUCAUAGGAGACAGGCAAAUGAGAGGGCCGGCAGAAUGGAAAGUGGGCUCAGGAGUCAGACAGUCCUGGGAAACAAGGCGCUGGCCUCCACGAGGCCCUCUGCCUCCCACUGUGAGCCUGGGGCCUCACUUCCCUCCAGAUGUACAGGCUGAAACAACAGAAGACAGUGUCUUGCUGAUACAUACCCUCUUGGCAGCAACCAAGGACCCCCUGGCCAUGGACCCACCGGUUGCCAACCAGCUGAAUAAAAGCAAAACCAAGAAGGCUCCUAUUAAGGCUAUCAGUAAAACUGACCCUCCAGUUCCAUCUGCCAGUGUGAUUACCACCACCAAGUCUACAGUAACUUUUCCAGCUUUAAAUCUGCCAAUCAUUCCCCAGAUCAACCAGGCUUCAGCUACCACUGAGGUAGCCACUACUCAGGCUUCUUCAUUCACUGCUUAGGCUAAGAAAUCUAACAAGACAAAGAAAGUCACUGCUAAGGCAACCCAAGGUUCCCAAUUUCCAAUUGACAGCGAGAGUGUCACUAUACAGAUCAAGUUACCCUUGCAGACCCUAAACCUGCUAGUCAUUCUUCAGACUAUCCAGGCUCCAACUGCCAAUGAGUCAGCCAAUUCUCAAGCUUUGUUAGGCCCCACCACGCCUAAGCAAGUUUUCAAGGCUAAGAAGGCUGAUAAUAAGGUCAUAGCUAGUGCCACUGAUAUCUCACUGGCUCCAUCCACUAUUUACACAGCUACCACCCACAGCCAAAUUACCUCUAUCCAAACUAAGAAAGCCUCCAAAGCCAAGAAGGCAAUUAUUGUUAAGGGCACAAAUACUGAUACUGAACUCCCAGAGGCCCCAGAUGUCACUGAGAUAGCUACCAGGCAGACUGAGGCCUCAGCAGCAGCUAUCUGGCCCCCAAAAUCCAAGGGCAAGAAAGUUGCCUAUGAGGGCCCAAAAUCUGCCUGUGAGAUCUCUGAGGCCCUACCUGCCAGUCAAAUGGUCACAAAUCAACCCCUAGCAGCCACCCUCUGGGUCAAGACAGGGUACAGGGCUUGGAAGGUUGACACUAAGACCACAACCAAAAGCCAGACUCAAGUUGACCAAAGGAUCUAGGCCAAGAUGGAUACCUCUCAGACCCACAUAAGUUCCUUUGAGACUCAGGUUGCUGCUUCUGUCCAGGCCUUGGCAGAUGACUACCUGGCUCAGUUUAGUUUGGAGCCGACAACUAGGACCCGGGGAAAGAGGAACCAAAGGUCCAAGAAUCUGAACAAGGAUGAGAGAGGUGAUGGUAAUUAUAAGUGGAUCUCAUGGGGCCAGAGGCCUCUGCUAUCCCGAGAUGUGGCCAUUUUGCAAGAAAGGGCAAAUAAGUUGGUGACCAGACAAAGAUCCCCAUCAACCACCCAGGUAGAGUCAUACCAACCCUCCUCCCUAAGCUACAUGCUGAAGGAUGUCAUCCAAGAAUAUGAUGAAUAUUUAUCAAAGAUCAUUGAACAAGCAAGUUAUGCUCUGACGAAAAUGUUUCGAGUCAAUCUGGAGGGAAUUGAUAGUAGCUUAUAUAGUCUCAUCAGCCUUCAGGAAUCCUCUACAGGCAUACUGAGAGUGAACAAGGACACACCCAAGCUAGAUCUUCUCAUGGUGAUUCUGAGUGAUUUUAUGAAUGGCAACAAGGCCAAUGAGGCUGUCAUCUGGGAUGUGCUGCACAAGUUGGGGCUCUGCCCUGGGGUAAGGCACUCACUCUUAGGGGAAGUGAGGAAGCUCAUCACAGAUGAGUUUGUGAAGCAAAAUUAAGUGGUGUACCUGGAAUACAAGAGGGUCCCCGACAGCAGACCACCUGAAUAUGAGUUCUUCUGGGGCUUGUGCUCCUAUCAAGAGACUAGCAAGAUGAAAGUACUCAAGUUUGCCUGUAAGGUGCAAAAGAAAGACCCCAAGGACUGGGCCGUGUAGUACCAGGAAGCAGUGGAGAUGCAAGUCCAAACUGCAGCUGUGGCUAUAGUUGAGGCUGAGGCCAGGGCUGAGGCAAGAGCCCAAAUGGUGAUUGGAGAGGAAGCUGUGGCUGGGCCCUGGAAUUGGGAUGACAUGGAUAUCGACUGUCUAACAAAGGAAGAGUUAGGUGAUGAUGCUCACACCUGGAACAGAUUUUCACUUGAAAUUCAGGCCAGAGCCCAAGAAAAUGCAAACGCCAGUGCCAGCAUUGACUUCAGCAGAGAAGCUAGCACCAGGGCUAGCUAUAGUGAUGGUUCUAGUAUUAGCUUAGGUGGUGUACCAAGCCCUGGUAAUGGCUUUGGUGGCAAAGCUGGUAUUAGCUUUGGUGGCACAUGCAGCACCAGUGCUAGCUUCAGCAGUGUGGCCAGUAUUUACUUUGAUGGCACACCCAGCACUUGCUCCACUUUCAGUGGUGGAGCCAGCAUUAGCUUUAGUGGUACAGCCAACACCAGCUCUAGUUUCAGCAGUGAAGCCAGUAAUAGCUUUGGUGGCAUACCUUGCACCAGUGCCAACUUCAGUGAUGAGGUCAGCUGUAGUUUCAGUGACCUGCUCAACACCAAUACCAGUUUCAAUGGUGGAGCCAGCUCUGGUUUUGGAGGCACACUCAGUACCACUGCUGGUUUCAGUGAUGCACUCAUUACGAGCACCAGCCUUGGCAGUACACUUGGCACUAGUGCAGUCUUUAGUGGUGCACUUAGCACCAACACUCGCCUAGGUGGCACACUCAGCACUAGUGGCUACAUUGGUGGGUCUCCCAGUUCUAGUGAGUUUGGUGGCACACUUAGAACCAGUAUCUGCUUUGGUGGCUCUCCUAGCACCAGCACUGGUUUUGAUGGUGUACUCAGUACCAGUGUCUCCUUUAGCAGCUCUUUCAACAGUUGCACUAACUUUGGUGAUACACUCAGCACCAAUCUUGGCUUUGGAGGCACACAAAGCACCAGUGCUGGUUUUAGCAGUGCUGUCAGUAUUAGCACUGGCUUCAGCAGUGUUUAG